UGGGACUUCAUUAUCUGCCAUUCAGAAGUUGUAAUUCUGUAUAGCUGUCUGGUGGGGAAAAUAGAGCAUCUCAGGCAGGAGUGCAUAUUGGGAGAGUCUGUGUGCAAGAAUCCUGAAUCAGAUCCAGAGGACUUUUCUGAUGAAACGAAUACCGAAAACCUUUACGGCACUUCUCCCCCAAGUACGCCCCGACAGAUGAAGCGCAUGUCCACCAAGCACCAGAGGAACAGUGUAGGGAGGCCCGCCAGCCGUUGUAAUUUGAAAGAAAAAAUGAAUACACCAAAUCAGCCUCCCCAUAAAGACACUGGAAAAGCAGUGGAGAAUGUGGAAGAAUACAGCUAUAAGCAGGAGAAAAAGAUCCGAGCAACUCUUAGAACAACAGAGCGGGAUCACAAGAAAAACGUACAGUGCUCAUUCAUGUUAGACUCAGUGGGUGGGUCUUUGCCAAAAAAGUCAAUUCCCGACGUGGAUCUUAAUAAGCCUUACCUCAGCCUUGGCUGCAGCAAUGCUAAGCUUCCAGUCUCUGUGCCCAUGCCGAUAGCCAGAACUACACGGCAGACUUCCAGGACUGACUGUCCUGCAGAUCGUUUAAAGUUUUUUGAAACUUUGCGGCUUUUGCUAAAGCUUACCUCAGUCUCAAAGAAGAAGGACAGGGAGCAAAGAGGACAGGAAAAUACGUCUGCUUUCUGGUUUAACAGAUCAAAUGAACUCAUCUGGUUAGAGCUACAGGCUUGGCAUGCAGGACGGACCAUCAAUGACCAGGACCUCUUUUUAUAUACUGCCCGCCAAGCCAUCCCAGAUAUUAUCAACGAAAUCCUUACGUUCAAAGUUAAUUAUGGGAGUGUUGCCUUCAUUAGAAAUGGAGCAAGUUUCAAUGGUACUUCAGUAGAAGGGCAGUGCAGAGCCCCACAUGGAGCAAAGAGUGUGGUGGGUUACUCAAUGUAUCACGAGCAUCUCCAACGCCAGAGGGUGUCAUUUGAGCAGGUGAAACGGAUAAUGGAGCUGCUAGAGUACAUAGAAGCACUUUAUCCAUCAUUGCAGGCUCUCCAGAAGGACUACGAAAAAUAUGCUGCAAAAGACUUCCAAGACAGAGUGCAGGCACUCUGCUUGUGGUUAAACAUCACGAAGGACCUAAAUCAGAAGUUAAGGAUUAUGGGCACUGUUUUGGGCAUCAAGAACUUAUCAGACAUUGGCUGGCCAGUGUUUGAAAUUCCUUCCCCUCGACCAUCCAAAGGAAAUGAGCCAGAAGAUGAGGGUGAUGACCCCGAGGGAGAGUUGAAGGAGCUGGAUGGCAGUACAGACGAGAGUGAGGAAGACCGAGCCCCUGAGUCCAGGGUUCCAGAACCCAGGCUGUCUGUGGGGAACAGCUUUGAUAUCCCGCCACAGGAGUUUGGAGCCAGGAAGCUGGAGAGGCUGGAACCUGAGGAGGAAUCUGUGGGCUGGGGAGCGGCCGACAGCGGCACCGAAGCAGGCUUCGACAGGCAUUGUUUGACUUCUAUUUAUAGACCCUUUGUAGACAAAGCACUGAAGCAGAUGGGGUUAAGAAAGUUAAUCCUAAGACUUCACAAGCUGAUGGAUGGCUCCCUGCAGAGGGCGCGGGUAGCCCUGGUGAAGUGUGAUCGCCCAGUGGAGUUCUCUGAAUUCCCAGACCCCAUGUGGGGCGCGGACUAUGUGCAGCUGUCAAGGACGCCCCCUUCCGCAGAGCAGAGGUGCAGCGCGGUGUCCUGGGAGGAGCUGAGGGCCAUGGACUUGCCCUCUUUUGAACCCGCCUUCCUCGUGCUCUGCCGAGUCCUGCUGAACGUUAUCCACGAGUGUCUGAAGCUGCGGUUGGAACAGAGACCUGCUGGAGAGCCAUCUCUCCUGAGUAUCAAGCAGCUGGUGAGAGAAUGCAAGGAGGUGCUGAAGGGUGGCCUUCUGAUGAAGCAGUACUACCAGUUCAUGCUGCAAGAGGUUCUGGAAGACCUGGAGAAGAUGGACUGCAACAUCGAUGCUUUUGAAGAGGACCUGCAGAAGAUGUUGAUGGUAUAUUUUGAUUACAUGAGAAGCUGGAUCCAAAUGCUACAGCAAUUACCUCAAGCAUCACAUAGUUUAAAAAAUUUGUUAGAAGAAGAAUGGAAUUUCACCAAAGAAAUAACUCAUUAUAUACGGGGAGGAGAAGCACAGGCUGGAAAACUUUUCUGUGACAUUGCCGGGAUGCUGUUGAAAUCUACAGGAAGCUUCCUAGAAUAUGGCCUGCAGGAGAGCUGUGCUGAAUUUUGGAGCAGCGCUGACGACAGCAGCGCUUCCGAUGAAAUAAGGAGGUCCGUCAUAGAGAUCAGCCGGGCCCUCAAGGAGCUCUUCCAUGAGGCCAGAGAGAGAGCCUCGAAAGCACUGGGCUUUGCUAAAAUGUUGAGAAAGGACCUGGAGAUUGCUGCAGAAUUUGUACUCUCUGCCCCAGUUAGAGACUUCCUGGGUGUUCUGAAAGCAAAACAGUGUGUGAAGGUACAGAUUCCCGGAUUAGAAAGCUUGCACAUGUUUGUUCCGGACACCCUUGCCGAGGAGAAGGGUAUUAUUUUACAGCUACUCAAUGCUGCCGCAGGGAAGGACUGCUCAAAGGACCCUGACGAUGUGCUCAUUGACGCCUAUCUGCUUCUCACCAAACUUGGGGACCGAGCAGAUGACAGCUGGGGCACGUGGGACGCUCAGCCUGUCAAGAUCGUGCCUCAGGUGGAGACUGUGGACACCCUGAAAAGCAUGCAGGUGGAGAAUUUUCUUCUAGUUGUUAUGCAGUCUGCUCAUCUCACAAGUCAGAGGAAAGCCUUCCAGCAGUCCAUCGAGGGGCUGAUGACUCUGCGCCACGAGCAGACAUCUAGUCAGCCCGUCAUCGCCAAAGCUCUGCAGCAGCUCAAGAAUGAUGCUCUGGAGCUCUGCAACAGAAUAAGUGAUGCCAUUGACCGGGUAGACCACAUGUUCACAUCAGAAUUCGAUGCAGAAGUGGAUGAAUCCGAAUCCGUCACACUGCAGCAGUACUACCGAGAAGCCAUGAUCCAGGGCUACAACUUUGGGUUUGAAUAUCAUAAAGAAGUUGUUCGUUUGAUGUCUGGAGAGUUUAGACAGAAGAUCGGAGACAAGUAUAUAAGCUUUGCUCGGAAGUGGAUGAAUUACGUCCUGACCAAAUGUGAGAGUGGAAGAGGAACAAGACCCAGGUGGGCAACCCAAGGAUUUGAUUUCCUACAAGCUAUUGAGCCUGCCUUCAUCUCAGCUUUACCAGAAGAUGACUUCUUGAGCCUACAAGCCUUGAUGAAUGAGUGCAUCGGCCACGUUAUUGGCAAGCCUCACAGCCCCGUUACAGGUCUGUACCUUGCUAUUCAUCGGAACAGUCCCCGUCCUGUGAAGGUGCCUCGAUGCCAUAGCGACCCUCCUAACCCACAUCUCAUUAUCCCAACUCCAGAGGGGUUCAGCACUCGCGUGCCUGCCGAUGCUCGGAGCCUUGGCAGCCCAGCUGCUGCUGCUGCUGCUACUGCUGCUGCUGCCGCCGCCACCACCACAAGCACCACCAGCCGCGCUGGCCCCUGUGGUGGUGACUCUGUGCUGCCCAAACCCAUCAGCAGUGCCCCUGAGACCAGGGGUUCCAGUGUCCCUGAAAACGAUCGGCUGGCUUCCAUUGCUGCUGAACUGCAGUUCAGGUCACUGAGUCGACACUCAAGCCCCACGGAGGAGCGUGAAGAGCCGGCCUAUCCUCGGGGUGAUUCAAGUGGGUCCACGAGAAGAAGCUGGGAGCUCCGCACACUUCUUAGCCAGACCAAAGACACAGCUUCCAAGCAAGGACCCAUGGAAGCUAUCCAGAAGUCAGUCCGGUUGUUUGAAGAAAAAAGGUAUCGAGAAAUGAGGAGAAAGAAUAUCAUUGGCCAAGUUUGUGACACUCCUAAAUCCUACGAUAAUGUCAUGCACGUUGGCUUAAGGAAAGUGACCUUCAAAUGGCAAAGAGGAAAUAAAAUUGGAGAAGGGCAGUAUGGGAAGGUCUACACUUGUAUCAGCGUCGACACCGGGGAGCUGAUGGCCAUGAAGGAGAUUCGAUUUCAGCCCAAUGACCAUAAGACUAUCAAGGAGACUGCAGAUGAAUUGAAAAUAUUUGAAGGCCUCAAGCACCCCAACCUAGUCCGGUACUUUGGUGUGGAGCUUCAUAGAGAGGAGAUGUACAUCUUCAUGGAGUACUGUGACGAGGGCACGCUGGAGGAGGUGUCGCGGCUGGGGCUGCAGGAGCACGUCAUCAGGUUGUACUCGAAGCAGAUCACCAUCGCCAUCAACGUCCUCCACGAGCACGGCAUCGUGCACCGCGACAUCAAAGGUGCCAACAUCUUUCUUACUUCAUCGGGACUCAUCAAACUGGGGGAUUUUGGAUGCUCAGUAAAGCUGAAAAACAACGCUCAGACCAUGCCGGGAGAAGUGAACAGCACCCUGGGCACAGCAGCGUACAUGGCACCAGAGGUCAUUACUCGUGCUAAAGGAGAAGGCCAUGGGCGUGCAGCGGAUAUCUGGAGUCUGGGGUGUGUGGUCAUAGAAAUGGUAACCGGCAAGAGGCCGUGGCAUGAAUAUGAACACAACUUUCAGAUUAUGUACAAAGUGGGGAUGGGGCAUAAGCCACCGAUCCCCGAACGACUGAGCCCCGAGGGGAAGGAUUUCCUCUCCCGCUGCCUGGAAAGUGAGCCGAAGCUGAGGUGGACGGCCAGCCAGCUCCUCGACCACUCUUUUGUGAAGGUUUGCACAGACGAAGAGUGAAGCUCACCCAUCCCUAGCCGAGGUGUGUGUGGACCGGAGAACCUGUGACUCCGUGGUUGAGGGGCGUGUGGACCGGAGAACCCGGCACUCUGGCUGGGGCGUGUGUGGACUGGAGAGUGUGUCCGCAGCCGGCGAGUGUGUGGACUCAGAAGCCCAUCAGUCUGAGGCGCUGGCACGUGUGGACUGGAUUGCCGUCACUACUGUAUGUAAUAUUUACAUGAAGAUGCUGGGAAGCAGCACAGCCCUUUAACCCUCGGGACUGAGGACUGCAGGGCACGGGCAUCACUUCUGCUGUCCCCCCGUGUGUCGCGGGGCCCUCGGCGAGGGCAUCUAUAAGGUUAAAGAGGCUGCACGUUAAGUGCCAUUACUACUGUACAUGGACCAUCGCCUGUCUCCGUUCUCGCGUGAUUAAGAACCAGGGCAUCAGUGUAGUGUGUUUAAGCUUCCUGGGCUCACACGACGUUGUAGUGUUACCCGGUGUCGUGGACUGUUUUAAUCUCCCGUUACUCGAGUGCACUGACUGUGAAACCUUUCCUUCCUGUUGGCAAGCUGCAGGUUUAUCAUGCAAAAGGCCGGUUAGUGAAAUUUAAGAGAAGCUCUUUUUUCAAUAAAUGGUUUAUUUUAGGAAAGCUGAGUUCUCCUGUGUUUUGCCUGUUCCCAGCCGAUGCACAGCCAGCAGUGAGGAGCAGAGCCGGCCGCC